AUGGCAUCCCACAACAACCUCGACAGCCCCGACUCUUAUCAAAUCGCUUGGAUUGCUGCUCUUCCCAUCGAGCGGGCCGCUGCAGAAGCGAUGCUCGAUGAGGAACAUACAGCUCCAACCAGCUUCACUAGACACCAAGCCGAUACGAAUGUUUAUACGUGGGGUUGUAUGGGAGAGCAUAACAUUGUUAUUGCCUCUCUGGCCUCUGGAGCAUACGGAACCACCUCGGCUGCGACCACGGCUUCGAGCCUCAUUGCCUCUUUGCCAUCUGUUCGUGUUGGUCUUAUGGUCGGUAUAGGCGGCGGCAUCGCCCGCCCGGACGAGGACUAUGAUAUCCGGCUGGGUGACGUUGUCGUGAGCCAGCCCAGUGGGACCACAGGCGGCGUCUGCCAGUACGACUUGAUCAAAGCAAAGCCUGGUGAUAAACGUGAGCUUAAAGGCUUCCUUGGACGGCCUCCCACGGUCCUUCUCAAUGCACUUAGUAAAAUCCAGGCCUACCACGAGCGAAAAGACUCUAAGAUUCCCUGCUUCCUUCAAGAAAUGCUAGAGAAGAACCCGAAGAUGGGUAAGAGAACUAAGCAAAGCCCUGGCUUUAUUCACCAAGGCUUCGACAACGACCGCCUCUUUAAAGCUCUAUGCAAUCAUAUCCCCGGCCCGGACUGUCGGGGCUGUGAUAAGGCUGAUGAGGUUCAACGCGAUACUCGAGACACUACCAACCCCGAUAUUCACUAUGGGACUAUCGCAUCCGGCAACACACUCGUCAAAGACGCUGCUGCUCGCGAUCGGAUUGUUGCUGACAUCGGCGAGGAUUGUAUAUGCUUUGAGAUGGAAGCGGCCGGCCUAAUGAACCACUUUCCCUGUCUUGUGAUCCGAGGGAUUUGCGACUACGCCGAUGCUCACAAGAAUGAUCAAUGGCAACGCUACGCCUCGGCAACCGCCGCUGCGUAUACAAAGGAGCUUCUGUCGUAUGUGCCGGUCACGGAGGUCAAAGAGACCAAGAGCGCCCUAGAAGUGAUUCAGUCAGUUAAACGACAGAUUAAUAGCUUACAACAGACGUCAGUUGCAACGAAAGCUGCAACUGAUCAUAUCAGGUCUAGUCUUCGCACGGAUAGGAUCAGGAGCUGGCUUUGUCCCCCAAAUCCAUCUACAAAUGCCAACCACGCGAGGACGCUCCGCCAUAAGGGGACAGGUGCGUGGCUCCUAGAAAGCCCUAUCUUCAAGUCAUGGCACUCGGGGUCGCGUCGGCAUUUGUGGCUGCACGGGCUUGCGGGAUGUGGGAAGACGGUCCUUAGUACGACUGUGCUUGAUUAUCUCGCGAAGGGAAGCGAUGGUCUUAUCCUGAUCUUCUUCUUCUUUGACUUUGGCGAUUCCACAAAGCAGACAUGGGAUGGCAUGCUGCGGUCUUUUGCUUUCCAACUUUACCAAGGCGAGGUGGGCUCUGCUGCUCAUCUAGAUACUUUAUUUAAAACACACCAGGAUGGCAGCAGCCAACCUACGACAAAGGCGCUUUCGAAUAUUGUUUUCAAGAUGCUCUCAAUCGAUAGAAAGGUUUCUAUCGUUCUAGAUGCAUUGGAUGAAUCAAAAACAAGAAAUGAUGUCCUUAUGUGGAUCAAGGAGGUGAUAUCUAGGCCGGAGUUGUCCCACAUCCAGCUACUUUAUACCAGUCGACCUGAGUCCGAGUUUCAGCGUUAUAUUCCCCCUUUGAUAGGCGAGGAUAACUGCCUAUCACUUGAGAAGCAGGCUAUUAACUCUGAUAUACGAUCGUGGGUAACGGCACAACUUUCUCAACGACGAGACUUUACAGAGAAUCACUUGUCCCAAGAUAUUCUCGAGAGGAUCCGGAUAAAGGUUGGCGACGGGGCCGACGGGAUGUUCAGGUGGGCAUUCUGUCAAUUAGAAAGCCUAGCUCGAUGUCCUCACGAGGCAGCUAUUGAGGAAGCUCUUAUAUCUUUGCCGCCGGAUCUAAAUUCAACAUACCAGCGUAUGGUUGCAAGUAUACCGACAGAGCUGAAAGAUGACGCGAUACGUCUCCUACAAUUCCUAGUGUACUCUGACCGACCUCUCACGCUGGCCCAAGCUAUAGAAAUAAUAGCGACACAGAUCAAAAAUGAGUCACAAGGCUUUAACAUCAAGCGCCGACUAUUUCGCGAGAUUGAUAUUAUCAAAUACUGUCCCGGCCUAGUGAUAGUCGUUCAAGGUACCGCCAAAGAGCUACAUCUUGUCCACUUUUCCGUCAAAGAAUACCUUCUCGGAGAGAAUCAUUUCGAGAGUACGACUGCCAGCAUUUCCAUAACAAAGACGUGCUUGGUGUAUCUUACAGAUAUCACGGGUAGCAACAGAGAGAUUAGGCGGGAUUUUCCGAUGGCAAGGUAUACGGCAGAACUUUUGAUAGGCCAUGCUGCGUUGGCUCAGGCUUCCAAUGAUAUAACUCGACUGACAGUCGAUUUUCUUAAAAAGGAAGCAACAUUCCAACGAUGGACUCGUUUAUGUCAGGCUGAUUGGAUCUGGGAUGAUAACCCUGGUCCUCCGCGAGGCUCCAGGCUCUACUAUGCUUGCUUGCUUAGGCUCGUAGCACCGGCACAACAUCUUAUUGCUGAGGGAGCAGACGUCAACGCACAGGGCGGUAAGUACAGCAACGCUCUCCAGGCCGCAUCAGCUGAAGGGCAUCAAGAGAUUGUCAAGCUUCUUCUAGACAAAGGAGCAGAAAUCAACGCGCAGGGUGGCACCUACGGUAACGCUCUCCAGGCCGCCUCAGCUAGAGGCCAUCAACAGAUUGUCAUACUUCUUUUAGACAAAGGAGCAGAUAUCAACGCGCAGGGCAGCACCUACGGUAACGCUCUCCAGGCCGCCUCAGCUGGAGGUCAUCAAGAGAUUAUCAAGCUUCUUUUAGACAAAGGAGCAGGUAUUAACGCGCAAGGCGGCCGCUAUAGUAGCGCUCUCCAGGCCGCCUCAGCUAAAGGCCAUCAAGAGAUUGUUAAGCUUCUUUUAGACAAAGGAGCAGAUAUCAACGCGCAGGGCGGCCGCUACGGUAGCGCUCUCCAGGCCGCCUCAGCUAGAGGCUAUCAAGAGAUUGUCGAAACGCUCCAAAUAUCAGGCCGGCCUUCAAAGCGGUCCGACUCUAGGACUCCAACCAAGCCGGCGAAGAAGAUUCGUCUGAUGGACUUUGAACCUCAUGAUCAAACUCAAUAA